GUUUUUUGAUGCUGCUAAAAAGUCCUGUUAAAGCUUAAAAAAUGUCAUUUAUGAACUCGAAAGUGAAUCUGAAGGCAAAACAGAGAAGGAUCAUUGAGAUGUUCAAUGUGCAAAAAUGGGUGAUUGGAAAAACAUAUGAAAUAAGAGUUGUACAUAUGUACAACCCGAGUACCAUAUGGAUUGUAUCAAAGCACAGGUCACUGGAAUACUUUCGAACAAAAAUGAACAAAUUUUUCAGAGAAAAUUUUAUCAGCCUAAGAAUGCCUUACAGAGAGAUUGUUGAAGGCUUAUAUUGUGCUGUAUGUAGAGAGGGGCAGUUUUACAGAGGUCUGAUCAUAAAAGUAUUCGGGCCAUGUUCAAACAAAAUGAAAAUUGUGAUUUCAUUCAUUGAUUUUGGCUCUUUGGCUGUUGUGGAUCCAAACUUGAUUUUUAUCUUGCCUGAUAAUAUGUUUGCAGUCCCAGCCUUUGCUAUUAGAGCAAGAAUUUGGAAUAUAAGGCCUUUUGAUGCUAAUGCAUGGUCCGAUGAAGAGAUUCACAAAGUAUCAUUGAUAAUACAAAGUGGAGCAACAUGUUGCGUCAUUGACUAUGUUGAUAAACAAUUUAACAUGCUAAAUAUAAGACUUGGCAUCAUGGAUAAAACCGGAAACCAUGAUAUUGCUCACCAAUUGGUUAAAGAAAAUGCGGUCUUGCCCUAUAACGGAAUCUAUAUCAGAGACAAGUUUGAUGAUUUUACCAAAAAUGACUUGAUAGAUCUAUACAAAGCGUUCGUCAAGAGUUGCUCAAUGCUAGUAUCUAGUGAUGAUUCAUCUAGUGAUGAGUCAUCUGAAGAUGAAGAUGAGGAGGACAAGACCCCAACUGAUGAAGGUGCAUCAACCAAGAAGGGUUCAGAUGAAUAUGGAGGUGCAUCAACCAAUAAGGUUCCAGAGGAAGAUAAAGGUGCCACAGCUUUAUGUGAUAAAUACUUAACCUCAUCCAAAACAAAUCAUCCAAUUCAUACAGACUUGUCCAACUUUGAUAAAAUAGCUAAACCUCUUGGUCAAGAUAAAGAUGAAGAAAUUGAAAUAAACAUAAUAACUUCAUCAGCUGCCAAAUAUUUGAAGUUCCUUCAACCAAUGCACUUUAGGGUUGAAAAUGGCUUGGUACCAAAAUCUAUUCAUGAAUGUGACCUUAAGACGUGCAUGUCAAUUGACAGAAGGAUCUCCAGGGCCAAACCAAGGAAAUAACUGAUUUUGACAUUUUUUAUUUGUUUCAGAAUGAAUGUUUUUUUUUGUUUUGAGUUGUGAAAAUAUCUCAUUUAGUCAAAAACAAUAUUUUUAAAGUGUAUAUUUUCAUAUUUUUUUAAAAAACGUAUGCUUUUUUGUUUUGAAUGAUAUGUUGUAUGAUUGAAUAAAAAUGUGAUUACCUACAAAAUUGUUUAGACUGAAACUACUUUGUACCUUUUUAUAGAA